AAACUUGCUUUCCUUUCAAUUUGUUCCCGCCUAUCGUAGUAAUAAUGCUCCUGGCUAUUUAGUGCGAGUUUUCUCAAUAUCUGUGCAAGAUCUAUUCGAAGAUUCUGUGAACUUACGACCAAUAAUGCAAUCGGAAAAGGUGAAGGAUAGGACUUGACUUUUCAAAGAUUGUGUCGGGCGCGAACUUAUCCUUCCCGUCUCUCGUCUCAUCGGUUGAAGUUAAUCGUUUUCGCGUCGUGCAAAGUGAACUUCUCGGUAAUAUUCGGUUUAAGUUUUCGUGGACAUGAUUCGAUUUCGAUGAAGACUUUUCUCGAAAAUGGACAAACCCCUGAUUCGGGAGUGUUGAAAACGGCGUGAACCUAUCUUUCCUCUCAUUUGGUUUCCGCACUACGUGGGUGGCCUUCUCUCGAUAUUUGUCGAAAGUUUUCGUGGACUUGAUUUCGGAUUCGACAAUUUAGUGCUUUCUCAUUUGAAAGAAAGCCGCUGAGAUCUGAUUAACUCCUCUGUUGAGAUCACUUGAUUCGUUCGGUCCCUUUUGUGUUCGGCUGAAAUGAGGAGAAUUUGCCUUGCGUUCUGUUCGAGUUCGGUCGCGUGGAUUUUCGAACCUCCAUGGUCCCGCGUGUCCUUGCUCGAAACCCAGACAUUUCUAUUCGUCUCUCAUUUUGUCUUCCAUCGGUUUCUGUACUCUCUCAGUUCGUCUGAUGUGUGUGAACUUCUCGUGGCGGUUUCGAGGAUUUCGACGAUUCCUCCUCAUGGUCGCGUUCAGUUUCGGUUCUCGUGUUUUCGGAUCCGAUUAUACUUGUGUUUUCGCGUCGUGUGAAACCGUGAGUGAUCGAGUUUAGUGCAUUUUGUGUGGCCUGUUUUUCAUCUAGUGGGACGAGUCUCGGAAAUAAGUAAUGGCUAUGAUUAUUCUGGAAUAUUCUGCUCCAGCUAUUUUUGUCAGAUUGGUGAGGCUCUUCGGUCAGUUUAUUGUUAGUUUCAGUGACAGUGUUGUGAGUGCUUUCAGCCUGGCGUCGGGCAAUCGGAUAACCUACUGCUGAAUCGCCUGCUGCUAGCUGCUGAUCCACUGCUGACUGACCACGCCAUGAAAGCGCGACGGAUAAUUUUGUGGCUCCUGCGAAUCAUGAUAUGGCGGUGGAAAAUCGAUCUCACAGGAGCCUGUCCGUUCAAAAGCCACUGGUCUGGUCGAUGGUUUCAGUCGCAAGUGCCGCAUCAUAUCGUCAUCAACGGGUCCAUGUUCGACACGAAAGGUCUUUGCAUAGAGUCGAAAGGAGACAAGUUCAUCAUCGAAGAUAGAUCGGAAAACUGUUUUCGGUGCGUUGUGAUACAUGAAAAGCAUCCAAAUGUUCUGCAGUAUAAAGAAACGUCGGCGUGCUACAACAAGGAGCCGCUGGACAAGCUGUGCAGUCAGAUCUCGGGCGACGCGCCGCUCUACUCGAUGUUCAAGGUGGACGCGGCCCCGGUGGCGUGCCCGUUCACGGACAGCAAGAUCGGGGGCCCGCCGUUCACGUUCACCUACAACCGGGGCUCCGUCGAGUGCGGCACGCCCACCUCCAGGGCCGACGCCUGCACCGAGGACUCCCGCCUCCUCCUCAGGUUCCAGGCCUGUCCCGACGUCCUCAACACCGAGAGCACAGUGGAGGAGCUGGAGUGUUUAGCGGACUGGAAGGACGGUUCGAGUCGGUACCUGGUCGGGCGGCUGGAGCACAAGACUGCGUCAAGUGACGAGGACAAGUACCGCUGCUUCAUGUGGGAGGUGAACACGGAGAACGGGAACCACUUCUACCAGGUCGCCCAGUCUGGAGACGCCUCCUGCUCUGGAAUCCUCUCACCCACCGAGGGCUCCAGGACCAUCAAGCUCUCUAGAACAGCGGAGGGGUCGCACCACCACCGGAGCGGGGCAGAGUGUCGGUUCCCGGGGUGGCUGACGGAGAAGCACGUGUGGCACACGCUGGACCACUCGCGGAGCUACCACUUCAACCCGCACAACACCACCUUCCGGGUCACCUCCAAACAGGGCAGCCCCAACGCCAACCACCAGAAGACUGAGAUGAAGGCCGUGUGCCACUCCAAGGACGUCUCCAGCACCCAGGCCACCUUCAUCGUCCACGUUGUCAUCGGAUGUCAAAGUGGGUACAUGUGCAUGGUGUUCUACAAACGAGUCGGGCAUGUGGUCGAGCUGCAGCGAUCACAUACGUGGACACAGCUGCCCGAGGAUGCUUGCAGCCCACAAAACUUCAACCCGCAAACUUUACCUUUCACCACUCUCGUCACGUCGACGCCGAAAGCAUUGCAGUGUCCAUACCUGGGGCGCUACGUGGUGAGCGGGGCCGUGGAAGGCCGGACAGCGGCCAGCAGCGAGCACGGCCUCCCACCCGAGAACAUCUGCGACUCGUCCAAUACGCAAACGCUCUCUGUCGGCUGUGGAGCGCCCGAAACCAUGGAGUUUCAACUCGAGUGCAAUUCACAGACCGUUUCUGCUUAUUCGUGUCAUGGUCACUGGACCGACGAUAACACGUCGUACCUGAUAGCAUUGCCUUUAAGUCGGAACUCGACUGGCGCCAGGAGGUACUGCUUCGUUAUCUACAACACAGCCGAGGGAGGCGGCGGCAGUGGAGGAGGCGGGAGCCCUAAUCUCCAGGUGACCAGUGUUACGGAGACCUGUCACCGCAACAUCAUCGCCAACGGCCACUCGAAUAACUCCUGGGCCUUCAACAUCACGCCCCAUGGGCAAUGUAGUGAUUCAGGAAGCAGAAGCAGCAUUUCAGACGUAGUGACGCACCUUUCAUGGAUUCUAAUCAAUUUAAUUCUUAUCAGGCUGAUUGGUAGAUGAUGGUAAAUGGAUUUGUAAUGGACUUAUGAUCAAAAAGUGCUUGACCAAAAAUACUUAACUUAAGAUUGUUAUUGACAUUUUGAGGGUUGGGGCGGGGGGUGGGGUCGGUAAACCAGUGAUAAGGUGGAGUGCGCCAGCUAAAAGCUAGUUGCAUGCUCUUUUGUUUAGGAAAUAUUGUUUCUCACCUUUUUUUUAAAAAAGAAAAAAAAAAUGAAAAUUUUGAUCGAUUGGAUCAUUGUAUAGUUAUUAUAUUGACUUUUUUUACCGCAUUAAAUGUUGAUUUUCUGUAAACCAAUAUCAUUAUAAAUGAUGUUAAUCAUGAGUCAUGUUAUUGAAUAGCAUGUUAUACAGUUUCUAAAUUUUCUUCUGUUACUAUGUUGCUUAUUUACAGAUUGUUCUUCUAUUUUUAUUUUUGCGUAGUUCUUCAAAUUCCAUGGUGGAAAACAUUACUAUUGAAUAUUUGCAGGAGAUACUGAAGUCAAAUUUUUUAAAUAAUAUUUUAUCAUGCAAAACCCUGAGAACAGGGAUGCAGAAUGUAGAUGGACUAUGAAAAUACUAUAAAUCAUUAGGUAUCACACCAAUAUUCCCUAGAAAAAUAAUGAAAAUAAAUGAGUUUCCUUGCGUUCUCAAAGUUAAAACUCUUGUUGAAAUUCAUCAAGAUGAAAGAAUUUUUUGUAUCUGUAUAGAACAAGGCUUUUGCGUAUGGAAUAUUUUUGUAGCCUCAUCCUCUAUUCAUCUUAUACAGUUGAUGCCAUGUGAAAUUAGUUUUCACUUUCUAACAAGAGGAAAAUUUGCGUCCAAAAAUUAUCAGAGUUUUAGAACUUACUGAAAUAUUUUCCUAAUACCUCAAAACUUGGUGGGUGAAUAUCAAGUUCAUGGAAAAUUUCCAAAGAAUGAAAAAAAUAAAAAACAUACCUAAAAAUAAUGAAGCACUGGUGGGAAAUACAAAUUGCAGCAGCGAACAAGGUACCAUUCAUCAACUGAUUUGGAACCUGCACAGUGAAAGUAGGCCCAAGAGCAACUUGAGAUGUGAUUUCAAUAAUCGAUGACAAAAUAUUUUAACGAGUACAGGUAGGUAUCCAUGAUGGGCUGAAUGUAACAUUCAUGUUAUUCUACACCAUUCUGUUGCAUGUAAAUUAAGUGCAGUGCAUUAAAAGUCUCAGCUUUGAUUUCAAGGUACUGCAAAACUAGUCGGAUUUUUGAUUUGAUAAUUAGAAAGUCACUUCCUUGUAAAUAUUCUUAGUUCUUCUUUAACAAAUUUCAGAGUAAGAAGCACGUGCCACAUGUAGUUUACAUGGGUAUUUAGGCUGAUGUUGUAAAUAUGUGUACGUAAUGAUUGUAUCAUAAACUUCUUUUUAAUUGUAACCAAAGUUUCACCAUUUGCCCUAAUCACGUUUACUAUACCACGAAUUUUUAUUUUUUAAAAUGAUUUGUAAAUUUCGUAACUUUGGAGGUAAACAUAAGAAUGAUGUUCUAGUGAUGUUAACUGAAUAUCUAAUGUAUAAAACAUUAUUCAUUUUACACAAA